GCAAUGCUAAUUGAGACACCUGUCGAUCAUGAUAUUAAAAAGACAUUGUCAAAAUUUGAGCAAGCUCUUUGUGAGAAAUACAUUAGAAUCGAGACCAAAGGGAAAAAGGGAAGGAAAGUUGCCAUAUUACUUACAAAAGAAAUGAAGAGAAACAUUGACUUUCUGUUGUCGUUGAAGCCAAAAUCCACUGAAUACAUAUUUCAGAAGUCUGAGCUGCUAGAACCGCUUCGUGGACAUGAUGCGUUGAAAUAUGCAGCAAGUGAAUCUUGUCUAAAACACCCUGAGAGAAUCACAUCAACAAAUCUAAGAAAACAACUUGCUACUCUAUCACAGGUUUUGCAUCUUACAGAAUCAGAUCAAGAUAUUUUGGCCAAGUUCAUGGGGCAUGAUAUUCAAGUUCAUCGUCAAUAUUACAGACUCCCACAGGGAACUUUGGAAAUAGCAAAAGUUUCUAAAGUUCUACAUGCUUUGAAUACUGGAAAUAUUACAUCUGUAACAGACAAAGAUUUAAACGAAAUCAGCUUAGAUAUAUUAGAUGAAGAUCAGUCAAGUGAGGAAGAGCCUGAUAAAGAGGAGGGUAUUUUGGCAGAGGACAAUACCAGAGAAUGCAUACCAGAGACAGACUCAGACCAGCCAAUUAGAAAAACGCCUGGCAAGUACAAGAAGAAAGGGAUAAGGACUCCAUGGUCCUCUCAGGAGAAAGAGUACCAAACAGCACUAAAAAAAUGUUUUAUCAUGAAAAAAUUGCCAUCUAAGCUUCAAUGCGAAGAGGUUAUAAACAAAAAUCCAGUUCUAAAAAAAAAGGUCUUGGACAAUGGUAAAAGGAUUUGUUAGAACUUCUCUUGUUGCACAGGAACGGUUUGAAAACAAGAAAAAGUAAAAACGUUCGGAACUCAACUGUAUAGGUUUUUAUUA